GCUUCCUUCCUUCUCCCAAAUGGCAGCACUCCCACUUCAGUUAAAUUCUUAAUCCUUCUGUUUCAGCUACCAAGUCCGAGCUAUGCUUUCUGCUGUCUGCAAUGUUGCCAGUUCUUCUUCUUCCGUUGCAGUGUUGGGCCCGAGUAGGUCGAGAUGCAUUAAGAUAACGAGAAAGCAAUCCUUUACCGCUAGCUCAGUCCGUUGCUCCGCUUCCUUCGAGUCCCUCCUCUGCUUCGCCACCACCUCCACCUUCUAUCCGCCACUAGCGCAUCUGACAGAGGACUACCCGUCGAGGCUGGAACGAUCGAAACACCAUGGCGAUGACCGGAUCAUGAAACCCAGCAGGUGGAACAUCUUCCAGCGGCUGGCUGCCGCAGCCUUGGACGGCGUCGAAGACGUCUUCAUAUCGAACGUACUCGAGCGCCGCCGGCCGCUUCCGAGGACCGCCGACCCUGCUGUUCAGAUUGCUGGCAAUUUCGGCCCGGUGGAUGAGCGGCCUCCCUGCCGCAACCUUCCCGUCGAUGGCCGGAUCCCUGCCUCCCUCGACGGCGUGUACGUCCGAAAUGGCGCCAACCCUCUAUUCGAGCCUGUCGCCGGCCACCACUUCUUCGACGGUGAUGGCAUGAUCCACGCCGUCCAAAUCCGUGAUGGCGCCGCUACGUAUGCCUGCCGCUACACUGAGACGGAGCGCCUCCGGCAGGAGCGCGCCAUCGGAAAGCCGGUGUUCCCCAAGGCCAUUGGCGAGCUCCACGGCCACUCGGGCGUUGCCCGUCUCCUCCUCUUCAUGGCUCGAGGCCUCUUCGGGCUCGUCGAUCCCACGCAUGGCACCGGGGUGGCCAACGCUGGCCUCGUCUACUUCAACGAUCGCCUCCUCGCCAUGUCGGAGGAUGACGUCCCCUACCACGUUAGAAUCACUCCCUCCGGUGACCUCGAGACGGUCGAGCGCUAUGACUUCAACGGCCAGCUCUGCUCCUCCAUGAUCGCCCACCCGAAGCUCGAUCCAUCCACCGGCGAGUUGUUCGCUCUCUGCUACGACGUUGUCCGGAAGCCUUACCUCAAGUACUUCUACUUCUCUCCGGACGGCAAGAAGUCCCCCGACGUCGAGAUCCCCCUCGAGCAGCCGACCAUGAUGCAUGACUUCGCCAUCACCGAGAACCACGUCGUGGUUCCGGACCAGCAGGUGGUGUUCAAGCUCCAGGAGAUGAUUCAUGGCGGCUCUCCGGUCAUCUACGACCGCGAGAAGAUGGCACGUUUCGGAAUUCUGCCCAAGCGCGCCCGCGACGCAUCGGAGAUGAAGUGGAUCGACGUCCCCGAUUGCUUCUGCUUCCACUUAUGGAACGCGUGGGAGGAGCCGACGACCCACGAGGUGGUGGUCAUCGGCUCUUGCAUGACGCCGCCGGACUCUGUGUUCAACGACUGCGAAGAAAGCCUUCGAAGCGUACUCACGGAGAUUCGGCUCAACCUCGCAACCGGAAAAUCCACACGGCGCCCCAUACUGUCAUCGCAACUUAACCUCGAAGCCGGUAUGGUGAACAGGAACAAGCUGGGGAGGAAGACCCGCUACGCCUACCUGGCCAUCGCCGAGCCAUGGCCCAAGGUGUCGGGGUUCGCCAAGGUCGACCUCUCCACAGGAGAAGUAAGCAAGUUCCUCUUCGGCGAGAGCAGGUACGGCGGCGAGCCUUGCUUCGUGCCAAGAAACGCGGGAGCGCUGUCGAGGGAGGACGAUGGUUACGUCCUCACCUUCAUGCACGACGAGAGAACGUCGGAGUCGGAGCUACUGAUCGUGAAUGCCGGCGACAUGAGGCUCGAGGCAGCGGUGAGGUUGCCGUCCCGGGUUCCCUACGGCUUCCACGGCACCUUCGUGGCCUCCAAGGACUUGCAAUCGCAGGCUUAGGAGCGCAAUUGAUUCGUUGCUUCAGCUGACACAUUCUUCUUGCUUGAUUGAAAACCCCCGCAUUUUAAUUUCAAUAUUCCAAUUUAUUAAUUGUUGGAAUAAGUUAAUGCAAGACUUCACGAUGUUUUAUGUAUAAAAUUUCUUGAAUAUUGAGUAUAUAUUUUCUUAUCAGUAA